AAAUAUUAAGCUAAAUAUAUAUUGUUUGAAAAUGGAAUUUAGUGAGAUUUCUGCAAAUUAUGAUAGAAUUUGUCGUCUAUGCGGCGAAGAACAACACAAUCUCAUAGAACUCACUGGAAAGAAUAAUGAGGAUAUUAACUCUUUAGUUAAACGCACUCUUGGCUUUUUGAAUAUAAAGUACAAAGAAAAUGAUUCCUUUCCAAAUUGUUUAUGCGUCGCUUGUCACUUGGAUGCUGAAUCAACGGAUAAAUUUCUUCAAAUGGUUAAGGAAGGACAGCGGAAACUGACGCAAAAGUUAAGAAAAGACCUUGUGGCAGGCAAAAAUGGAGAUGUUUCCCAACUGAAAGACAAGAAUUUAUGUAUGGUGACCAAAGAAAUGAACCAUGAAACAAUUGAGGGAGAAAAUUUGAAUGACGGAGUUCGCACUACAGGUGCAAGAUUAGUAAACUCCACCUCUAUUAGUAAAUACGCUAAACGUGUAAGAAAAAAGAAAAAACGUUUUCCUUGUGACCCUUCUCCUUACAUUGAAGGUGAACAAAUCGAUGUCGGUUUAGGUAAGAAGAUUGAUAUCAAUCUAAAUUCAGACAAUUCGUCAGAGAUAAACACUGGAACGCUCAUCACUAUACAACCUAUUGCUGAAUUAAGAUCUGCAAAUGGGUCGUCUUUAGCAGAAAUAAUUUCAGUUGAUUCAGAUGCACCCAUGCAUCAGUCAACCCCCACUAAGCCAGAAAUACGUAUGAUAUGUGAAUACUGUAAAGAAGUCUUCACAAAACAGCAUAUAUUUUUAAAGCAUUUACGGACCCAUAAUAAAUCUCUAUAUAAAUGUUUGGAAUGUAUAUCAAAGUUCGACAAUUUAACUAACUUAAAGGAACAUCACCAGCUUACUGGCCAUAAAGGAACAACUCUUCUGACCAAAACGGACAAUGAAAGCAAUGAAAAACAGACACCCGACAAAAAAUCAGAGACCACCAUUAAUAUAGUUGUAGAUGAUGAAGGUCACAUCACUUCCAUUAAUUCCGAUUUAAAUGCAACUUCCAAGGAAAAUGGUGAAACUGCUAAUUCACCGUUAUAUGUAGCCGAAAAUAUAGAGCAGGUACGAUCAGUUUCGUCGCCGAAAACAAGCUCGUUUAAAUGUUUGAAGUGCAACAAAUCAUAUAAAACUCACUAUUCGGUGUUACGUCAUCACAAACAAGUCCACAUUGCUACCCGACCGUACAAGUGUCAACACUGUACUGCCACCUUUAAGAACUCUACCAAUUUGACUUACCAUAUGGCUAAACACACCGGUAUACGAAACUUUAAAUGCAAUAUAUGCGCCAAGGCAUUUGUGCAUAAAAGCGAGCUUACUUUGCACAUGCGCACGCACACUGGUGACAAACCUUAUGUCUGCAAGCACUGUUCCAAAGGCUUUUCGCAUCGUUCCAAUAUGGUCACACACAUGCGAUUGCAUUCUGGUCAAUUACCGUUUAAAUGCGAAACAUGCAGCGCAAAUUUCAACAGCAGUUCCCAUUGGAAACUACACAAACAAAUGCAUCUAAAACAUGCACAGCGGGCAGUUCUCGCACGUCUGCAGGACAAUAAUGCGAAGAUUGCUUUAUCAAGCGAUAAACAUGAACCUACUGUUGAUGCAUCUUCAACACAGACUUACGACUCCGUCCAAAAAUCAAAUGCCACCACGUCCUUGCUUCGUUCAAAAGUUACAAACGUACAGUCUGUUGAGGUAUUGCCAUCUAUCAAUACAUUGCCCGACCCUAGUACCGUUAUCAGUAAAGACAAAUUGGAAAGGCUCAUCCUUACAAAUAUACCCAUGAACAGCAGCGCAGCCCCUGGGGCGACCCAACUUAGAUUUAAAUGCGAUCAGUGUUUGCAACGGUUCAAAUUGAAGUCUGCUUUGACGAAGCAUUUGCGCACACACACGGGAGAAAGACCUUAUAAGUGCCCAUUUUGUCCGCGAACAUUCGCGGAUGCAUCCAAUUUUAAACGUCACAAGACGCUACACAAAACAGCCACGGAAGAGUUACAAAAUGUCACCAAAAAAUAUAAGAGUUCUGAUUUGUUGCAUGAAUUUCAGCGUGAUAGAAGAAAAGCACUUCCUGUUGGAAGUAUCUCGCCAACCCAUAGUGUAGCAUCAGACCCCGAUCCAGACGGUUUGGAGGCACUUCAACUAGCAAGCGUACCUUCACCAAAAAGUGUUUCCGAUGCUGACACUGUCUUUGAUAUGCUGCACAGCAUUGCUGGCGAAACAAAGCGGCAGAUAUCAAGUAGUAACGAUACUAUCCAUACUACAAGCGGGCUGAACACCUCACAUAGGCCUGCGAUUCCCAAAUCACCACAAAGACUAAUUUGUAUUUCCUAUCCGAAUCCUGCCAACCCUAGUGAUAACAAAAUGACAACAUUUUAUGUGUAAAUAAACAGUUUUACAGUUUAUACAAGAUAUAUUCAGCGCAAGAAUUAAACAGCGUUACAACAGUAAUAAGUAAAGAUGGACAUAAGAUUUGAUAUCUAGUAUCAAAAGAUUAUGAGCGAGAUAAUGGUGGUGGCCUAGCCUUCAUUUUGCACCACACUACAGUGAUAAAGAUAGACGAUCUUUAGUGAUAUCGACCGCAGGGGUCUUACUCUAAAAAGUCAUGACAUAACUAUCCUGUCAGGCGAUUUCGACCUCGAAAUAUUUAAUAUAUACAUACCUCUCAUUACGUGUUAGCCAA